GCAUAUCCUCAUUCAUGUACAGAUAAACACAUCUAACUAUUUGUGCUUUCCAGGUCAGAAAAUGGGCUCACAAUCUCAUUCGAAGCUUCCGGCCAUCGAUUUCACGAAGCCGGAGCUAAAACCGGGCACCCAUCAGUGGGAUUCGGUGAAAGGGCAAGUCCAACAAGCCCUUCAAGAGUUAGGUUGCUUCGAGGCUUUGUUCGACAAGAUCCCUUUAGAGACUCGGGAAACAAUAUUUGGAGCCAUGGAAGAGCUGUUUGAUCUGCCUUUGGAAAUCAAAACUCGCAAUAUUUCCAAACUGCCUUACUAUGGUUAUAUUGGCCAACACCCUAAAUUACCAUUGUUCGAGAGCAUCGGCUUCGAUGAUGCACACAUUAUUCAAAACGUUGAAGCACAGACUCGUACGUUUUGGCCUCAAGGAAACACAAGUUUCAGGUCCCAAAUACAAUCCUUUGCAAAGGAAUUAAGGGAGUUAAGUCAUAUGAUAAGAAGAAUGAUAUUAGAGAUUUUCCAAGUAGAGAAAUACAUGGAUGAGCACAUGAAGUCAAGUGAAUACCUUCUUAAGGUAAUGAAAUAUAAAGGGCCAAAAACCAGUGAAGCGCGGGCUGGACUAGGGGCACACACAGACGUGGACUUGGUGACAAUUUUGUACCAAAAUGAGGUUAACGGAUUGGGACUUCAGAGCACCAGCACCGGAGAAUGGAUCGAUUGGAUUCCAUCCAAAGACGCUUUCGUCAUCACCAUUGGAGAAUCUCUCCAUGCAUGGUUAAAUGGGCGGUUAAAGGCCACUUAUCACCGCGUGAUGCUGAGCGGAGACAAGCCAAGGUACUCUGUCGGACUGUUUACGGUCCCGAAAGCAGGUUACUUGAUAAAGGCACCGGAGGAGCUAGUGGAUGAAGCACACCCCUUACUCUAUAAGCCCUUUGAUUACGCUGAACUAUUGAGGUUCUUAGUUAGCAACGAAGGUCGAUGUCCUCAGUCUCUUCUUAAAGCUUAUUGUGGUGUCUAAAAUCAAGACAUUAUGGCAAAAACUAUAUCAAAAUUACUUUUAACAAUGGUUGCUAUAAAUGUGUUACAUUAUGCCUUCAACUU